AUGAGACUGAUUAUCGAGGACACUGCCGAAAAGGUUACAGACUUUGCGGCACGAUAUGUGCGUAAACGUAUCAACGAAUAUCAUUGCGGACCAGAUCGACUUUUUGUCCUAGGUCUUCCUACUGGUUCUACUCCGUUGGGGAUGUACAGGAAACUGAUCAAAUUCUACGAAGAGGGCACUUUAUCGUUCAAAUAUGUGGUUACCUUCAACAUGGACGAGUAUGUAGGUUUACCACGUGACCAUCCGGAGUCCUAUCACUCAUUUAUGUACAACAACUUAUUCCGACAUAUCGACAUUGAGCCAACUAACGUACACAUACUCGAUGGUAAUGCGGAAGAUGUUGAAAAAGAAUGUCUUGAAUAUGAAGCGAAAAUUGCUGAUUUUGGCGGAAUAGAUUUAUUCGUAGGAGGUAUCGGUCCUGACGGACACAUAGCGUUCAACGAACCUGGUAGCUCAUUAUCGUCACGUACAAGAAUAAAAACUCUUAACGCGGAUACUAUACAGGCGAAUGCGCGAUUUUUUGGUGGCGACAUGUCUAUGGUGCCGACAAAAGCGCUGACAGUUGGUGUUCAAACAGUUAUGGAUGCAAGAGAGGUUAUGGUUCUGAUAACCGGUUCACAUAAGGCACUUGCUCUUCAUCAAGCAAUCGAGUGUGGUGUUAGCCAUAUGUGGACGGUUAGCGCUUUCCAAAUGCAUCCAAAUGUGAUGUUCAUAGCGGACGAUGAUGCAACGUUGGAACUGAAAGUGAAAACUGUGAAAUAUUUCAAGGGACUCAUGCCACAUCACAGGAAACUUAUCGCAUGA